GUAGUAUGAAGCCGAUUUUUUGUGGAAACUUUGAGUAUGAUGCUCGACAGCCUGAUUUGGAAAGACUGUUUAGUCGAUAUGGAAAAGUUGAUAGAGUAGAUAUGAAAUCUGAAUUUUCUUUGGUGCAGGAUUUUCUUCGCAUAUUCAUAAUCCUCUUGGUUAAUGAUGGCUCUUCGGAAUUGAGUUUUCCGUCUGUGACAAGCUUCCUCUUCUUGUUUCCACGACGAUUCAUACCGAUCCUCAAUGGCACUACUACUACUAUCUUACAUUUUCCUCCGACACUUUGCUUUCCAGUUUCCAUUCCUCAUGACUUUUGCAUGCCUACAAUUCAUACAUUGUUUCAAGGUUGAAACAUUGUCAACCUCAGCUGAGCCUGCAGAAUAAUGGAGAAGGCACUUUCUAUUUGUAGACCUACCAUGAGACAUCCUGUUUUGGAUUAUUGCUCCUUGACAUCACUUAGUUCAUACACAAGGCUUUGCUUUCAUCUACAUGGAGGAUGAGAGAGAUGCUGAGGAUGCUAUCCGUGCACUUGAUCAGAGAGAAUUUGGUCGAAAGGGCCGCAGACUACGUGUUGAGUGGACCAAACAAGAACGUGGGAUUAGAAGACCUGGUGGAGGAGGUGGUGGAGGUGGAGGAGGUUCGAGGAGAUCCUCUACGAACACAAGACCUUCGAAGACUUUAUUUGUUAUCAACUUUGACCCGUAUCAUACUAGGACAAGAGAUUUGGAGAGGCACUUCGAUCCUUAUGGUAAGAUAUUGAGUGUAAGGAUUCGAAGGAAUUUUGCAUUUGUCCAGUAUGAAUUGCAAGAGGAUGCCACUAGAGCAUUGGAGCUUACAAACAUGAGCAAAUUGAUGGAUCGAGUAAUUUCAGUGGAAUACGCUGUUCGAGAUGACGACGAGAAGAGAAAUGGGUUUAGUCCUGAUAGGAAUCGUGAUAGGUCUCCCGAUAGAAAACGACGAUCUCCAAGUCCCUGUAGAAGAGAGCGAGGAAGUCCUGAUUAUGGCAAUGGUAUUACCCGUAGUCCAUAUAGGAGACAAAGGGCUAGUCCUGAUUAUGGAAGUCGUCGUAGUCCAAGUCCUUAUCAGAGGGAGAGAGAGAGGGAGAGGGGUUCUCCUGAUUAUGGUCGUGGUCGUAGUCUGAAUCAGAGUCCUUAUAGGCGAGAGAGGGAGAGAUCAAGUGACCAUGGUCGUGGUCGUAGUCCGAAUCAGAGUCCUUAUAGGCGAGAGAGGGAGAGAUCAAGUGACAUUGGUCGUGGUCGUAGUCCUAAUCAGAGUCCUUUUAGGCGAGAGAGGGAGAGAUCAAGUGACCAUGGUCGUGGUCGUAGUCCUAAUCAGAGUCCUUCUAGGAGAGAGAGGGAGAGAUCGAGCGACCAUGCCAGGGCCCCUAGCCAUAGCCCUCCCCAUCAGAGGGAAAGACCAAAUGAUGACCGAGUCCGCGACCGAAGCCGCAGUCCUUACGGGAGAGAAAGGGGGAGUCCUACUACCGAUGGACGUGGCACUAGCUAUAGUCCUCGCGAUAGAGAGAGGUCAAACCCAGACAAUGGUCAUGAUCAGCGGCUGAAUACAGUAGUAGCCGAACCCGAACCCGAACCCGUGGAUAGCCCCAGUUAUGGUGGGACGACUCAGAGCCCAAAGCGCCGUGGAUAUAGCAGCCGUUCACCACAAGCAGAGGAAUGAUGAUAUGAUGUAGUAGAAGGUGAAGGUAUGUGGAUCUCAAUCUGCUGCUUCAGGGUAUGUUUGGUUGUGUAAUCAGUUUGAUGAGUAGCAAACAUGUAUUCAAACGAUACACUCUGCAUUGUGAUUUCCAAUUACAUUUGUGGCGCGCUUUUAAUUUCGAGUGAUUAUUCUAUGCUUGCAAAAUCAAAAUUAUUAACAGAACCACCCUGAUCCAUAUUUGGUUGUCCU